AUGGCAAAGAACUGUGGAGGAUUCAUGGGCUGCAUCUUCAAGGACGAGCUCUGCCCCGUUACGUGCAAAGCGAACGAAAAGAAGUGCUUCGUGUAUGAUUUCGCCGAGAACGAAGACUACCUUGGCGAGCGCGAAGUCUGUGUGGCGGAGGAUGCUAAAUGCCCAUGUGGCAAGAACACACGUCGAUGCCCCGGCGAAGACCUAUGCUUGCCGACGUCUCAGACGCAGGUGCUGUGCCCUUGUCUUGAGUCCCAGAAGCAGUGCGACGUCAGAGACUUCACAGCAACAGGCAAAGUGGCUGGACUCUCCACAGUCUGUGUCAGCCGGAGCACGAAAUGCCCCUGCGGCAACAACACGCUGACGUGCCCAGAUCCGAACGAUGCAGAGUCGAACAUCUGCAACCCGAAGUUCAGCGGCACGCUGCUGAACCAGUGCCCAAAGCCCUGUACGCCAGCUGACGAAGCUGCCGGCAACAAGACCUGCAUCCAGACUCACCUUACGGACGCCGGCGAGUUCCAGGCCGAAACCAUCAGCUGCCUGCGGCCAGAGAGAUGCCUUCCAGGGCGGAAUAUGAAGAAGUGUCCGUCUGGAUCCGUGAUCCCUGCGGGCAAGCAGUGCCAGGACCUAUACAAUGCCGGAAGUAGUAACGCUACGGCCAUCAACAGCGGAGAGCAGCAGUCGGCCACAGUGAUCUUGACGCUAGAGACGACCAGUGCGGAUGCCCAGGGUAAGUCCGAGGACGCCCGGGUCAUGCUGAACGCUCAGUUGCAGCUGCCGAGUGGGCUCCAAUCCACGCUGGCUCUCAAAGGCGGCUCGCGCCGUCUUGGCCGCUGGCUCUCGGGGAGCGGCUCGGUGCUCUCGUACAGCAUCUCAAAUGCAGGAGCUACAACCGUGUCACCGGAGGCAGUGGCAGAGCAGAUGAAGAAGCAGGUAAAGAGCAGCAGCGGUGGCAUGGUCAGCGCCCUCUCUUCCAUGGGCAGCGUUGACACCAAGGCCGGCGUGGCCAUGACCUCCAAAACCCGCACCGUCAAGUCGCGGGUUGAGGCAGUCCAAGAGAAGACGAAGGCGGCUCUC